ACACAUUCCUCACGAUAUGGUUGUUAGGAGAGAGGAUAAAGCCUGUCACCUGUUGCACAACCUGUAUUAUCCUUCAUGUUGGGUAAUCCCGCAGGUGAUCCGGAAAGGUUAUACAGUCUCCCAUCCUUUGCCGGUCUGACACCUCGAUCUCGUGAUAACCCAGCCACAGACAUGAGGUGGUUGGUGACUGCAGUGGUGAUUGCUGGGGUCUUGACGGCAGCAACUUCUGGGGUCAAGGCUGCAGAUGGGACGGGUAAAGAAGCACCGACAGAGACCAACAAGAAGCAAGAGGCUGUAGCAGGCGUUGACAAGAAGGAAGAGACUGCGACUGGUGCUGAGAAAGGGAAAGAAGAGGCAGUAACGGGAGAGAGUGAGGCUGUAGUGGACCAAAAGCCUCACCGACCACCUAACAUAGUGAUCCUUGUGGCUGAUGACCUCGGUAUUGGUGACGUUGGCUGCUUUGGCAACUCCACCAUCAAGACGCCUAACAUAGACAGCCUUGCGAGGGACGGUGCACGGCUCACCCACCACCUCACUGCGGCUGCCUUAUGUUCCCCAAGUCGUGCCGCCCUGCUCACCGCCCGCUACCCUGCACGCUAUGGGUUUGAGGCAGACGUCAAUACCCCAAGAGUCCCGGCACAUGUGGCUAGCAGGGUCAGACUGCCACGAGAGGAGAUCACUCUGGCGAAGGCUCUUGCUGCCGCCAACUACACCACUGCAGCUGUGGGCAAGUGGCACCUGGGCAUGGGCUGUGGGCUGCUCGGGAAGAACUGCAAGGGCCCACAAGAGCACGGGUUCCAGCACUUCUUUGGCCUCCCCUACACCCUUGUCCUGGAUGCAGCAUCAACUCAGCCAUUCUUCUACUUCCCUCUUGAUGGUUCAGACUCCUUCUAUCAGAUCCUGCUGACGGUGGCUGUGGCGAGUGUGGUGACGUGGUGCUGGCUGUGUGGUCGUCGGCCUCUCUUCCUUGGGUUCUGCCUCUUCCUCCUGAUGGUUACCCUUGCCUGCACCUGGUUCCUCUACACACAUUACAGGUUCCACACUAAGAAAUGGUGGCAGGUGUCCCCAUGGAUGAACAGGCAUCUCAACGAAAUACUGAUGGAGGACGAGGAGGUAGUGCAGCAGCCUGUUGUGUUGGAGGGCCUCUCGCAGCGCCUGGCCAGUCACUCGGCAGGGCUCAUUGCACAGUACGCCAGGGGGGACCGGCCCUUCUUCCUCUACCAUUCGUUCGCCCACGUUCACAUUCCCAUGUUCACUGUACCGCAGAUGGCUGGGAAGAGUGCCCAUGGAAAGUAUGGUGACAACGUUGAGGAGAUGGAUGCUAGCGUGGGGGAGAUCCUUGCAGCCCUUCAUGAGCACGGCCUCGAGGAGAACACCAUCGUCUAUUUCCUCUCGGACAACGGAGGGCACCUGGAGGUUGUGGACGAAAACAACCAGCGCAUGGGAGGCCACAAUGGGCUCUUUAAAGGAGGCAAGGCCAUGGGAGGGGCUGAGGGUGGGAUCCGAGUGCCCGGCAUCUUCCGCUGGCCAGGCCACAUCCCCGCAGGAGUCACCAGGGACACGCCAACCUCCCUCCUCGACACGCUGCCCACCAUCCUCGAGCUCGCUGGUCUGCCUUCCCUUACUGAGCUCCUGCCUGACAUGCCCCCAAGGGACCUUGAUGGAGUGAGCAUAGCUGAUGUGUUGACCAAGGGUUCCUAUGCUCCCUCACGCACCCUAAUCCACCAUUGUGGAAAGAGGAUUCAUGCACUUCGUUUCGUUUAUGAAACGAACAUCUUCAAGCUAAACCUGGUUGGGUACAAGUGGAAGGCGGGAAGCACACAGUGUGGCUGGGGCAACGUCUUAUGCUCCUGCUACGACGUGGAGGAUUACGGCCACCUCCCUCGCCUCUACAACUUGUACAAAGACCCUUACGAGGACAAUCCCAUCCCUCCAGAGAGCCAAAAGUAUAGGCAGAUGGUGUCCAUAAUGCUACAGUUCCUGGCUGAGUGGGAGGCGCGAAUACCUUAUCCGCCCUCCAUGCUAGGGAACCUUCCUGACACUGUGCAUAUUCCGUGGCUCCAACCCUUCCGCAGCCCUCUGUAACACAUCUACGUCUCAGGGGUUAGGAAGUCCUUGUGUUGGUAAGUUGUUGUUGUUGGAGUAGAUUUGUUUGAGUACGUGUAGAGGGUCUUCAUAGAUGGAUACUUAUUUUUUUAUAUCCUGUUGAUAUUCUAUUUACACCACCAAGCUACUUACUGUAUUUGCUGGUGUAUGAGGCAACCCUUAACCCCUUCACUCUCAAGAGGAAAUGGAAGAGGAUUAAGAGGAAUUUAGAGGAGCAUUGAGAGGUUUAGAAGAGGAUUAAUCCUCUUCCAUUUCCUCUUGACCCUUUCCAUACUGUGAUGCCGUGUCUGCGUCACGGAUGGAAAGGGUUAAACUUAAUAGUAGACCUAUGAUUAGGGGUUGUCUAAAAUCUGGGCUUAUGAGGUCCGUGAAUGAUGGUGAACACUGCCAAACUCAAUAUUAUCCUUAAGUUUCCUUGAACCUUCUUAAUCACCUCAUUCAUAUAUUUCAGGAGGAUAUUUGCCUCACUUAUUGACUCGACUGUAGUGUUACUGGCUCAUGCACACCAGCAAAUACAGAAAGCGUUCUUGUUUCUCUGAGCAGCCACAAAACAAACAUAAUUUCCCUUUACAUUGUCAACCAACUGAAAAGCCAUCAUGGCCCAGUGUUCUAUUAGCUCCAUAAAAUUAAUGCAUUUCUUUGUUGUGCUGGGAAAUUACUUAAUAAACAUUUAGAAUUUAAAUGUAUUUUUUCUCAGGUAAUUUACCAGAAUGCAUUUUCAUGAGAAUCCCUUGGGUGCUCUUCAGUGCACUCAUUGGCAGCCCCAAGCAGAACCAUAAAGGUCUAGGCUCAUGCCAUAACCCUAACCUCUUAUUUGUUUAAGAUUAGUUUUCUGGGGAGGGGGUGCAAGCCCCACCCCAAACAGCCUAGAUCAUGGGCUGGACUGACUGACUGCUAGCCAUGGGCAGGGACACAGGACCCGAGAGGAUAAUUAUAUCCCCGGCCAGCCAAUGGAUCCCAACAAAUGGGACAAGUACUCACCUCGAGUCCUGGUGGAAGUGUUACAUCACCUCAUUCCAGGACCGAUGAUUUUUUUUUCCUUUCAAUUAAAAAAAAAUGAAUGAAUGGCACUAAAUUAAAAACUAAUAUAGCUUUUCAUCAACUUUGUUCACUUGUAGUUGAAGCAUAACGCAGAUACAUUGUGACAAAAUGACGAUCUUGCUUUAUGAAGCCCGUGUAACCUUUGUCUGCAGAACAUUAAUUUUUGUUCUCAUACUUUUCCUUCACAGUCCAACAUUCUGCAUCAUUUUAAGGUAAAAUAGUCAUAUUAAAGUCAUCUUUAUUUGUUUAAAUGCACAAUUUCAGUAUUGUAAAGCCAUUGAUAUAUGAUUCAAAUAAUCUACCAACAAAAGCAAAUUAAUGCUAAGUCUUCAUGGAACUGUUGAUCACUAAGCAGACAAGUGUGCUUAUGUUGAGAAACUGUGUGUGAGGCACAGCACUGACUCAUGAAGACGCGGCCUCGCUGAGUCUUGGUCCACCUCAUCUAAAUGUUGACAGUGUGUAGCAACUCGUGUGAACUCAAAGAGAACUGUGUCAGCUUCGUUCAGAUUGUAGAAAUGUGCUGCUCAUGCUAAACAAACCAUAACAUAUUAUGCACAAUAAAAUGUUCACACAAGGUUGGUGUUGGCACAGCUACAACCAACACCACUACAGUCAAGUGCACUGUUGUCCACCAUGAUGGGGCAACAAGAUGCUCUCGAUAGCAAAAGUGUUGAGCUACCUCUGCUUGACUCCAGACUCGAGUCACCACCCAGUGUUGUAUAAAACACGGAUGGCAAAAGCCAGACCGCAUGUCAAUACAAAAGUAUAUGAAAAUACACUAGUCAAAAUAUGUUAAAUGCCAAAAAACUAAACAUUCUUCUGAAUAGUCAUACAUGAUUAUUAUGGAGCACAAUGCACUUCACAAUGUGGCAAACUGUGAACACACACAACCUUAAAGGUCGAAUAAUACUCUCGGCUGGUGGCUCAGCAGUGGCCACCGCCACAGCCGCACCACCGGAGACACAGCACAGGCAAGAGAUGGUCCACAGACACUGCGGCAAUGCACCGCCUCCCUCACGGCCGCAAUCCAGCACAACGGCUGAUGAAACCUAGUGAAUACUUUGGUCCUCUCACUCAGCCUCCCGAAGGUCACAGUGAAGAUGAGUAAAUAUAAUAUGUACAGAAAUUUAAAAGGAAAACAUUAUAACUGCUUGGUAUUUACCUGAGAAAAUAUCUCUUAAGCCGUCCUGUAAAAAUCUGUCCCACCUUGUCAACCAAGUACUUGAUUGUGAUUCUGCACCAAUAAAUUGCUGCAACUCUCACAAAACCAAAUGCUUGAAUGAAGCAAAACCUGUUGCAAGAUUCUUUUUAGCAUAAUAAAUACAAUUAUUAUGAGCUUCUAGGAAGACUGAAAACAAAUUACAUAUACGGGUGGGCCUCCCAACACGAGGGGACCACCGCAACAAGGACCAAGGGACUGAAUAAUGAGGAGCCACAAGCCAAGCCAAGUGAACAAAUGGGUGUGGCUGCUGCACCUUUUUCCAAAAGAAAGUGUUUCUGAUACCAUGAAGGUAUUAUUGACUUGGCCAGUGAGCCAAGGACAAGGCUCACCAUACAGAACUUAAGUGGUUCACUGGACGUAUACAAAAAUACAGUGGUUAUGUAUGCGUUCCAAGCUUGGUACAGGGACAGACGCCAAUGGAUGCCGAGAAGACUUACAAGCAUGGGCUUAACAAGUAUUGUUCUCACUUUGCACUGAAAUUUGUAUUGGACCUGCUGAAUACACAAACCAUUGGCACAUAAUAGAUUAACACAUUCAAGUUUUUAAAAUUCAAACAAACUUCUCAAAUAACAAACUACAAAUUUCUGGGAUUGAUAAACUUCACAAGUCAGGUGUUCAAACAGCAUUUCUGCCUCACAUACUUUAAAUGAUAGACCUUUCAGCUUGCAGCUAAAACUUCAGCUCAUCCUGUUGAGACAACACAACAAAGUGUCACUAAGAAGAUAUUGCACAAACACUAAUUUGUACUGCCCACUGAAGUGCCUCAUAACACCAAGUUCUAAUCUUAUACUUAAAAACUCAAACCAGUAUUUUUAAUAAUGUACAACUAUAGACAUCUGUGGCCAGCCCAACACUAGGGGUGCUAAAAAAAAAAAAAAAAAAAUUAAAAAAAAAAAUAA